AGUAAAGAUAUCGGUAAUAUUAUUUGAAAUGUAUUGCAGGGAACAAUUUAAAAUAACAAUAAUACACAAUCAAAUGAUUGUUAUAUACGUGCAGUUCAAACCUUAGUGCGAUGGACAAUAAGUAAUAAAUUGUUUAUAAAAACUAGGAAGAAAUGCUGCGAACUACCUUCAAAUGACUGGAAUUGUUUGCCUGGUCGCAGUAUUGCUCCUCUUCUUCAGUUUUCGUUCAGACGUGGCGGGCGACACAGUGUCCGUGGAGUGGUCUGAGCUUGAGAAGAACCUCCCGCAGGCCAGGAGGGUGAGGCCCUUCAGCCCCUGCCCAUGUGACCUCAAGGCCCUGCACUGCGACGCCUCUUGCUGUUGUGACCUCGAUUGCAAAGCCGAACAACUCGCAGGCAUAUGCAAAUCCAAAGAAGCUCUGAAGUCUGGCCUCUCGACUCCACUGGACUGCGAUUCCGAGAACACAUUCAGCAGCCGCUUCUCAUCGACUGCUUUUUGUGUGCUAAAGAACAAUAAUCCAUUUCUUGGUAACGUCUUCAGCUUCAGGAAAACCUUGCAAACUCAAAUAGAUUUUCGAUCACUCGCCACAUUGAACAAUCUACCCAAAGAUGGACAUCAAACUUAUUCAAAAGACAACAAGCGCGCUAGUGAAUACACUAAUGGUGCCAAUAUACAAAUAGCUUUCGAAAAAUACGAUUCAAUAGUUUAUAAACUAUUCAAACUUCGCCAAGCAUGGAUAGGAUCGCAUUGUUCAGACCUUCCUUUGAAAUAUUUGCAAGAAGCCAAAGUAAAAUGCUAUGAACGCAUCACUGCAAAAAACUGUGAAUCGAACGAAUCUUUCAACAUAUUGAAAUAUGCUCUGGCUAAUACAAAUGAAGAAGAUCAGUUGCGAUUUGAACAUCUCCCUCUUCUUGUCAGCACAUUAAGUGAUAAAAGCACACUUCUUGCAUCCAUAAGAGUUUCGAGGCAUCAUGACAUUUUUUAUAAACUCAAGUUAAAUUUUUACAAACAACCAAGUCCAGCUGCCAGUCAAAUACUGUUUGCCUGGUAUGCCUUGAAUUCAAAAGGUACAGUGAACAACUCUUCAUUUUUGCCGCGGUAUGACGAACAGAAAGAAGUUUGCCACAAUGUCGUUACAGGGGUUGAGUAUUUGUUCAUAUGGGAGGGACAAAACGUUCUUGGACUUGACAUAAACGUGGAGCUGGCGACCGUUCCCGUCUCACUGCCUGCGAGCGUAGUGAAGAGUGUGGUCUCCGGCGGAAGAGUUAAAAGAGGAAAAAUUGAAAUUGGCAUUAUGCAGCAUUUCCAUGUGAUAUAUGAGCAUUGGGAUGACAUUGAAAGAGCGAGCGGCAACUCAAGUGAUGUACCUGGAGGUAAUUUCUCUAAUAAUAUCAACGAUUUAAAUUCUAGCGUAAUUGAUUACACAAAUGAUACAAGUUCUGAUCUAAUCACGACUACUAUGAACGUAUCAACAAAUCUGUUGGAAGAUCUGGAGACCAUAAAUUCGUCCAAAAAUAAUGAAAAUAUCACGAAAGUUCGGAGGCAAACAAUGGUGAGGUCUGAUUCGGGCUCCAAUGAGCUUCCUGGGUCGGGAUCAAGCUCGAGUUUGAACUUUAGCAUUGAUUCUUCAAUUUCUUGGUAUGAGAAGAAACUUAAUAUUAAUGACAGUGGAUAUGACAAUUCAAGCAAUUUUAGUAACAAUUCUCUUAAUAUCUUUUCAUUUGAAACAAAUUUCACGAUUUCAGCCACUAAUAAUGAGACGUAUGACGAUUAUUCAGCGGUCAAUUCCACUGAAGAAACUUUUACUACAGAUAAUUCUAUCGAUGAUCCCAGCGAUAAUUCUAGUUCAAAUUUAAAUUUAUAUCCCGAGUUUACCACUCCGAAAAGCACGACGCAACAUCUCCCCAACUCUAACACUAACUCUAGUGAAGAAAAAGAUUUCAACAAUGAAGGCGAACUGCACGGACGAUCAGCUGAAGUCUAUUCUCGUCGAGGAUACACGUUCGGGGCGAAAAUCGAAGGAGUAUACGAAAGUCAAUGGAGCAAAACUAACUUCACGGACGAGAGCAACUUGACCGCCGCGGGGUUUUUUGUUUUCGAGCUUCCCUCUGCAACGCAACACCACGACCGGCCUUGGCUGUGCAGCGCUGCUCAGCGAACUUCAGUCACGUUUGGCACUAACGUUGCGUCUGGCUGUGCUCUUCGUGUCACUACGAGCGACAAUUCUUCGGACGCGUGCCAAAAUAUACGCGCUGUAGCUUACGAAGCUCUCUUGUCCAAUGCUCAUGCCACGCACGUUUCUUCUUUCGGAGACCUGAACGCCCGUGCCGAAUUCAUCCCCCUUUUAGGGCUGGAAGACGUGAUGGGCCCUGAUGUGGCAGCAACAUCAACCCCUCCUGAGCCUCUCCCGGGAGUCUGCCGGGCGCCUGUCCGUCUCGUGUUCAGCUUCUGGCACGCCUGCUCUGUCCGCCACGACGGGCGGUGUCAAGCUCACGGGCUAGUCGCGGCACGCGUACAGUCAGUCGCUAUUCUUAUGACAAAUUAG